AUAAAUAAAUCUAAGAUCUAGAUUCUAGUCUAUGUGUAGAGUCUAGAUGAUAUUAUAUCUAAUAUCUAGAUCUAGAGUAAAGACAGUCUAGACCUGGAUACAAUACAUCUAGAUCUGAAUAAUGUCAUUUUGCUCCUGGUCAAAGGCUGAAUAUUUCAGGGAUCAUUUUGAAGCAGGCAUCUAUGUUUGUGCCAAAUGUGGAAAUGAAUUAUUUAACAGUGAAGCUAAAUAUAAACAUGCAACACCAUGGCCAGCCUUCACACAAACUAUAAAUCCUGACAGUGUGCGCAAGACUCCAGAAUCAUCUACUGCUAUUAAGCUUACUUGUGGACAAUGUUUUAACAAUCUUGGCCAUGAGUUUAUUGGUGAUGGUCCUACGCCAGGAGUCUCAAGGUUUUGAAUCUUUAGUUCAUCUUUAAAAUUUAAACCUUCAGAAAUGGCUGAAAAUAAAGAAGAGACCAAGUCUUAAAUAAAAUGAGAACAUUACUGCAGAAAUAAUUUAGAUAUUUAUAAUGUGUAAAUAUUUUUUAACAUAAGCUUUUAAUGAAUGACAUGUAUUGGUGCUAGCCAGGACAGGAAAGCCAUUACAUUGAAAUACCUAAAAAGUUUGUGUUCUAAAAUAUUUUCACUAUAACCAUAUAACAAGUUUGUUUAUCAUUUGAAAAAAAAAAUUAUGAGAAAGUUUGAAGCCAUUAAUAUUAUUGCUUAUUUUAUUCUACAUGAGGUAUUUUAGUUGUUUUUUUUUAGAAAUCUGAAGUAUUUCCAUUGGUGACAUCAGUGCUUUUUUUUUUUUGUAAAAAAAAUAAAUAAAAAAUAGGUGCCUGUACUAGUGAUGGAUUGCCUAACUGUUAACUACUAAUAAAUUAAUAAUAAACGUUAAAAUACAAGAAAAGUAAUAAUUUUUUACCUAAAUAAAAAAAUGGGUGUGUACCAUCACAAAAAAAGCACUGGGUGACAGAAAAAAAAUAGCCAAACUUAAUUGCAUUUAUUUAUUUUUUGUUGAAGUUUACAAUGCGAUCUAACUAGAACUUCACUUAUUGGUUAUUUUGACCUUGAUUUUAUUAAAUACACUUUUUAUUUAUAUAGAUAGUGUAAUGUAUAAGAGUUGUCUGAAGACUUUGUUCUACUUUUUAAAAAUUCAUAGAAUUUAUUUGUACACUGUUUUGUUAUUUUGUUCUAAUUAGUGUUGGUAUAUAAUAUAAAUAAAGGUGUGGUAGGGUGGCAGAGUGGUUAAAUGUUUGCUUCCUAACCAAGGGUUCUUGAAUUUGAAUCCUGUUGACACCAUUAAGUCCACCCAACUCAAAUGGAUACUGAACAUUAGUUGGGGAAAUAAGGGCAGUUUUUUGUUGUGCUGGCCACUUGACAACCUUGAAAACCAUCAGCCAUAGCAACAGAUGAGCUUUACAUCAUCUGCCACCCCAUAGAACGUAAGGUCUCAAAAGGAUACCUUUACUUGAUAUAUAAUAAAUAAAGGGUUCACAGAAAACCAGUCUUGUUGCUUAUGUAAUCUACUCUCUAUUGUAGCUUCAUGUCAUUUAAUAAUGUUCAGUCUGUCAUUAUUUGUAGAACAAAAAAAAAAGUAUAGUCCCAUUAAAAUAACAAUCUUUAAAAAACUAAAUUCAUAAUAAAAGAAGUAAAAAAUUAUAUUAUGCCACUGAACAGGUUAAUGGUGCAUUGGCGCUUUUUAAAAAUUCUAUUACCAAUUCUGACUCUUCCUUUCCAUCAAAGAAAUAUUUAUUUUUACAUCCAUCCAUCCCAUCCCAGUGGCGCUACAGCCCAUAGAGGGCACAUCUCUCCAUUCUGAUCUAUUAAGUGCUUUACAUCUCCAUGCACAGACUUUUAGCUGUUGUAGAUCUGCCUCUAUGUCAUCAAGCCAUUCGUGGUCUGCCUUUGGGGCGCCUGCCUUUUGGUUUUUGUUGUUGAACAAUCUCUGCUUCUCUGUUCUCUGGCAUUAUUUCGAGGUGACCUGCCCAAUGUAAUCUGCUCCCUUUCUUUUUACAUAAUAUGCUGAAAGGAGCUUAACAUUCUGUAAUUCUUUGAAUGGGCGUAGAGAAUUAAUAAAUUUAUGCCAUAACUCUUUGAACAUUUAUUUAGUAUAUUGUAUCAGUGUACCCCAUAUAACUUAGCCUACAGAGAACACCAAUAUUUGGUUUGAGAACUAGGCUCUAAGGUUAGUGAUUAUGAUUAUAAAUUAAGAGUGACCAAUUAAUAUAGUCACAUGUCUACAGAUUUUAUUUACAAUGUAACUUAGAACAUAGGCCUACUAUUUUAAUUGAAUAUACUGUAUAUUUUUUUUAACAAAAUAUUAAAACUUUUACAUAUCAUUUACAACAAUUGUAACAUUUUCUUUGAAUGUUACCUUUUAUUAUUUAAUGAUUUUAAGCCUUUUUGCCUGGUCAUAUUUACACAGUAACUUCUUGUUAUUAAUAAAUUACUAUUAAGAAAACUACAACUUUGAAUUUUGUUCUUUUCUAAAUUUUAAUAAAAAAUGUUUUUUAUUUAUGUUUUUAAAUGUUGUUAUUAAAAUGUAUUUUAUUAUGUAUUUUUUAGAGUGUUCAAGAAAAUAGCAGAAACUUUAGGCCUAAAAAAAUACAGAGAUAAUAAUUACCCAUAUUGUAUUGAGAUCUUAGAAUACCAGUUGUUAGAAAAAUACUUAAAAAGUAAGUGUUACAAUGUUACCAUUCCCAUUUCCUGUGGAGAAAUCAAACAGUAAAUGUAAAUAAGUAGUGAUAUGCUAAAUACAUUUAAAAGCUGAGAGUUUUGACUUAUUGCUUCUAUUUGAUGUAGGGGAUCCCUGUGGAUGUCAUUAUUAUCCUACACAUACCAUAUCAAAGUUUAUACUUCUCGUCAAGGCGGAGACAACUAGGUAGGAUAUAGCUUACAAACAAUGUUAUUUUCAAAGGCCAUAGUGUGGUAAAAGUUGUGGAAAUUUUUGAAAAGAUAAGAACAGUUAGAAUAAUUAUGAUCAUAUAUAUAUAUAUAUUUAUAUAUAUAUAUAUAGUUUGUCCAUCGUGGUUCGAUGAUGACCACUUUGUCAUCCAGGGGGCUGAGAGCUUUGCACUGGGGUUUUAUGCCUCUUCAUGUGGCUGGUGAGACCUAUGUGAGCCCGGAAUGUUCGGCUGCACACUGGGCGAGUUAUAAUUAUAACCCAUAAUCUUUAUAUGUCAAACCUUCUUGCUUUGGCUUGGAUUUUAUAGAAAACACAUUUUAUUUCUGUAAUAGUGUAAUGAAUAAGAUUUGUCUCAAGACUUUGUUCUACUUUUUAAAAAUUCAUACAUUUUAUUUGUAUACCGGUACUGUUUUUUAAAAUUAAUUUUGGUAUAUAAAUAUAGGUGCAUUGUGGUGGCAGAGAGGUCAAAUGCUUGGCUUCCUAACCAAGGGUCCUUGAAUUUGAAUCCUGGUGAUGCUUCUGAAUCCACCCAACUCAAAUUGAUACCCGACAUUAGUUGGGGAAGUUAAUUUGCUUGUGCAGGCCACAUGACACCCCCGAUGGUCAUCUUCAGUUUAUUUGUCAGUCUUUCUUGAAUAUUGGUGCUUCAUUUUUAACAUUGAGUUGUUUUAUUUAUUCCAAUAAAUGCUUGUUUCAUCCAUUCAUAUCGCCUUUAUAAGCUUUGUUGUAAUCCCACUUUGAACGUCCAAAGAAGAAAUAUGCAACUCUGGCCAAGAGAAUUUCAAACAUUGUACACCAAUACAAAUCAAUGGAUCUUCUGUACCUACAAAACACUCAAAAAAUUUUUUACAUUCCAUCUAUAUAAUAUCUAUAGAUGUUGAAUAUUUAGAUUUCUUAUGACUUAAAAUUUUUAUUUAAUGUGUACAUUUUUUGUCUUGUAUUUAACUUUAUCUAUCCCCUUGUCUAUUAGACCGUUGGGGCACCAUGCAAGAUUUGUCUUGUAUAUAAAAAUAAAGAGAUGAAAUAUAGAUGAUUUCAUAAUUAUUACAAGUAUUGUAUGCUGGAUAAAAAGAUAAGAGGAUGAAAUGACCAGGAACUGCAUUGUCUUAACAAUUUAUUUUUUAAGUUGAAUAAAUACUGCAUUGUGGCUGAGAGGUAUAAAAUCCUUGGCUACCCAGUAAGGGGACUUGAAUUUGAAUCCUGACGAGCUGAGUUGUGUUUUUUGAGCACCUAAAAGCAGCACUGAAACCUUCUCCCAGAUAUCCCUCACCCAGAAGUCCACAAGAUUUGGACAAUAUGCACUGAAUAUGCUAAAUCAUGAAAGAGCCACUAAAAAAAAAAAAAAAUUUCAAAUUGCAUGACAUAAACUUUAACAUUUACUGAAAUUAGGCAUUUAGAAUCUCUUGUGUCAAGGUUCUAUUCCAAUUCCUAUCACUAACAAAAUAACUUUUAAGAAUAUGUCUCAUGUACUUUGUAACUUGAGUAAUGGAGGUAAUAAUUUAGUGUGUAUGUUGGUGUCAUUAGUCAUGUAGUUUUCGAUUCUGUUAGCAUUUUUUCUUCUUAACAAAUUUUAUUGAUAUGAUCAUGUUUCUGAAUGAAUAGUUAACUUCCUUCAUUUUUUCAAAGCUUAAAUCAACUCACUCUGUCCAUCUGUCCGAUUUUGAACACAUAAUAUUUCUCCUGCUUCAUUUCUGGGAUCAAGUUGAAACUUUUCACAAUUAUUUGUUGUUAAUAACAAAACACUAAUAAACAAAAAAUUAACCUAUUAAUUAAUUAAAUAGUGGUAAUAAAUUAAUUCUGUAUGAUAGUGACAAUGGGAAAUAAACCUUGUAUUAAGAAGUGUGGAUGUGUUCUUCCCAUUAGAUAUAACCUUUUUUUUUCUUUUGAAGUAUUUUUUCCAUAUUUGGCUUGUUUAAGUUCUUAUAAGAGGUAUUUCUCCCCCUACCCCGCAAUUUGUCACUUUUUAAUUUUUUGCAUGGUCCUCCACAUGGUAGCUAAUAAUUCUUUACUUCAAUGUUAUAAAAUAUGCUAAAAACAAUGUACAAUAAAAAAUAACUGAUCAUAAAAAAAGAUUAAUAAAACAAAUACUUAAAAUAUA